GGAAGCGGAAGCGGGGGGGGGGGAAGGAAGUGAAGCAGCCGUGCCCCCUGUCACGUGCCGGGGGGGCUGUUUGUGUGCGUGUUUAGUGCAGUGUGGACUGAGAGCAGGUUUGUACCUUGUAAAUACUGUUAUUUGUAUAUACUGUAAAUGAUGACAUCGGUGGGCACUAAUCGAGCCCGGGGUAACUGGGAUCAGACACAGACACAGAACCAGACACAGCAGAAACAACGGCCACAGGCUACAGCAGAGCAAAUACGAAUUGCGCAGAUGAUUUCAGACCACAAUGACGCUGACUUUGAAGAAAAAGUAAAGCAGCUGAUUGACAUUACGGGCAAGAACCAGGAUGAAUGCAUGAUUGCUCUGCACGAUUGCAACGGUGAUGUCAACAGGGCCAUCAAUGUACUCCUGGAAGGAAACCCAGAUACGGACUCUUGGGAAAUGGUCGGGAAGAAGAAGAGUUUGGCGGGACCGAAGGAGACCAGCCUGGUGGAGGGAAAUGAGGAGAGCAAAGAAAUGCGCGACAGAGACCGGGAAUUCAGCCGAAGGCGCGUGGGCGGAGGCAGGAGAGGAAGGGGAGCAAGCCGGGGCAGGGAGUUUCGGGGCCAAGAGAAUGGACUGGAUGGAGCAAAGAGCAGUGGAACCUUUGGCAGGGCCUCUGAGAGGGGCAGGCGAGGCCGUGGCAGAGGCAGAGGCUUGGGACGGAGAGGAGGGAGGUUUUCUGCUCAAGGGAUGGGGACGUUUAAUCCGGCUGAUUACACGGACCCCGCCAGCACAGACGAGUACUAUGGAAACCCCAAUCCGACAUGGAACAGCACCGGCAGCUUCGAACCGGACGACGGGACGAGGCUUCAAUUCACUGUCACUGGGGCCGAUGGGGCUAAUUGCCCUAGAAAGUUUGAAACUGUGCCUGGUGCUUGGCGGACUGCUACAGAGGAAUGGGGCACAGACGAUUGGAGUGAAGAUCCAGCACCAGGUACCAUCUUCCUGAGCCCUGCUGACAAAAGGAACCCUCCCAAAGCAGUUAAUGGCUGCUAUCAGCUGUCCGAGACGAAGAUUUUUACUGCCUCCAAUGUUGGGCCUCUACCUUCAGGAACUGAGACUCUGACAAUCACAGCGGGGCAAAGGAUUGACCUGGCAGUGUUGUUGGGGAAGCAGCCCUCCUCUUCGUCGGAGAAUGAGCCAGCUCCCUUGGACAACUCGGCCUCGCCCACACUCUCUCAGCCCUUGGUGUUCAACAACUCGAAACAGCAUCCAGUGUCUCAGCCAUCUCCUCCGACCACUUUCUCUCAGCACAAUAUGGUUACAAUGCUGAGUAAGAACUUUGGGGACGUGGGUGAGCCCAAGGGCGGCAGCACCGCGGGAUCGCAGCUGCUGGAACAGCUGAAAACUGCGCAGGCCCUGGCACAGUUGGCAGCCCAGCACACGCAACCCACCAGUAACGCCGCCUCUUCCUGGGACAUGGGGCCCACGUCACAGCCCUCGGCGCUCGGCCAUUUUGAGUUGAAAAGCCAAACAGAGUCUUCAGUGCACAGCCCCUUCGCUCAGCGGCAGUCCUACUCCAACUCCAACAUGAUGGAAGUCUUCAUCCCCACCAAGCAGCCGACGGCGGCGCCGAACUCCCCCCUGCAGAACAAACCCGGUGCCCCCCAAGCCUCUCCGGGUUCCUCGGAGAACCAGCCCUCCAGCCCCCAGCCUGCCCAGCAGAAACUGAAGCCCCAGAAGAAAAAGGCGGCCAUCUCCUCGAAGAUCCCGUCUUCUGCUGUGGAGAUGCCUGCCUCGGCAGACAUCGCGGGGUUAAACCUGCAGUUUGGGGCCUUGCAGUUUGGUUCGGAGCCCAUGCUGUCAGAGUACGAAUCAACCCCAACAACCAGUGUGCCAGUGAGCCAGCCCCAGAGCAGCCUCUACACCAGUGCUGUAAGCGAGUCGUCGCCGACGAUCCCCUCCAAUCAGAAUCAAGACUCCGGGUACCAGCCCAACACGAUCACAACGGCAGCGUUCACAGGCCAGAGCAGCGCCCCGGGGACGCAGUACGAGCAGAGCUCCAACCAGCGGGCUUCAUACUCCAACUCCCUCUCCUCCUCUCCUCAGAAAGACCUGACACAAGCCAAGAAUGGCUUCAGCACGAUACAGACAUCGCAGUCCAUUGAAGCUGCAGCUGGUUCUGCAGUGAAGUCUGACUCGCCCACAGUCCCCAGCAUGGCUUCACUCUCGAAUGCAGUAUCUGCCUCGUCGCUAUUAACAUCGAACAGCCAGCAUCCUGCAGGACUGGUCAGCCUUAGCCACACUGAGGAGCUCCCAAGCACUACCACCCCACAGCAGAGCAGUACUGCAUCCACUCAACAGAGCAGCAGUCUGUCAUCUUCCUCAGGGCGCACUUCAACUUCAACCCACUUGCACACAAGUGUGGAAAGCGAAGUGAGCCUUCACUCGUCCCCUAGCACUUUCGCCACGGCAGCAAGCACCGUAUCGGUGGCUCCGUCACCGAGCGUCUCCAACACCCUGGGAGGGGUCAGCAGCCUGGGGCUGAGUCUGGUCAGUAACUCCACUGUGACGGCAUCAUCCCGCAGCUCUGUUGCAACUACUUCAGGGAAGGCUCCUCCAAAUCUUCCUCCAGGGGUUCCACCAUUGCUGCCUAACCCAUACAUUGUGGCACCAGGUCUCCUUCCUGCAUACCAGCCUCAGGUGUACGGCUAUGACGAUUUGCAAAUGCUUCAGACCAGGUUUCCUUUGGACUAUUACGGAAUUCCAUUCGCCACUCCUACGACCCCGAUCACUGGAAGGGAGGCGAGCCUGACGAAUAACCCAUACUCUGGGGACCUCACCAAGUUCGGCCGAGGGGACGCCUCCUCUCCAGCCCCAGCCACCACGCUAGCACAGCCUCAGCAGAACCAAACGCAGACCCACCACACCACGCAGCAGACGUUCCUGAACCCAGCCUUGCCGCCCGGCUACAGCUAUACCAGUCUGCCGUACUACGCUGGCGUCCCUGGCCUCCCCAACACCUUUCAGUAUGGGCCUGCCAUGUUUGCUGUGCCUCCUACGUCAUCGAAGCAGCAUGGUGUGAAUGUGAACGCGCCAGCAACGGCCUUCCAGCAGGCGAGUGGCUACGGAACGCACGGAUACAGCACUGGCCUUUUAGCUGGUGUGUCAGUGACUUCGAGCAACACGGGUGUCCCAGACAUCUCAGGAUCUGUGUACAGUAAGACCCAGCAGUCUUUCGAGAAGCAGGGCUUUCACACUGGAACCCCAGCAGCCUCGUUCAACCUGCCCUCAGCCCUGGGCAGUGCAGGCCCCGUGAAUCCAGCCACUGCAGCCGGCUACCCUCCUCCGUUCAUGCACAUUCUGGCGCCUCACCAGCAGCAGAUGCACUCGCAGAUCCUGCAUCUCCAGCAGGAUGGACAGAGUGGAACCGGACAGCGCGCACAAACCAGCAGCAUCCAGCAGAAGUCCCAAGGGAAUAAGUCUGCCUACAACAGCUCAGGCUACUGGGGUCCCAACUGAGCAGAGCCGAGGAGGCACCCCACAACAACAACAACAACCCACCGCCCCAACCCCAGCCCCUCCCC